AUGUCAACGGCCGUCCAACGUACCGACUCACCUCUCGGUGCGAAUAACACCAGUCGCACUUUUAGCGCCAACAACAUCAGUCAGUCUCUCGGUGCCAAGGAGGUCGCUCCUUCACUCGGUGUCAACAAUGCCAGUUCAUCUCUCGACACCAGCAAGGCCAAGCCUUUGUUGAAGCCUCUAAACGGAACAUUCUUCACCCUAGAAGACAUUUCGACCACAAGCCGUUCUGUCGGCCCUGAAUUUGAAGAAGAACAGGCUAAGCUGUUUCCGGAUGUCGAGAUGUCGGACGACUUAACACCUCACAACAAACCUGAAGCCCAAGGCCAGGUGUGUCGUGCCUUCAAAAAGCCUCCCAUACCAAAGGUCAACAUUCCGACGACUCCUCAAGCUCAGCAGAAAGACGUCUCCAACGCUCAACAGAAACGCAUUGCCAGCUUCUCGGAAACUCAUGUUAAACACGACUCUGACAGUGACAGUGAUCCUCCCACAAAAAGACCCCGAAUCGAGCCUCCCUUCGGAAGUUUUUGGUCCAAGGCAGACUUUAGCAAUCCUUGGCGCCUCGACUACAAGCCCACCACCAACGGAAUCCCCGGAACCACUCCUGCGCCACAAGGUUUUCCCUCCUCUUCCUUCUCGUCGCCUGCUCCCGCUCGACAAACUUAUCGGUCCUCGAGCGUUCUAUUCGAUUUCGCGCCUCCGUCAUCGACCACUCGUGCCACUGAUCCCAAGCUCGGUCCCGCGCCCAUGGUUUCCAAACGCGAGCAAGUAGUGGAGCUCAAGCAGGCUGUGAAGGAGUUGAAAGAUCAACUCACGGAAAGGAACAGCACCGUCAAGGACUUGAAGGAUCAGAAUGCUAAACUUACCUCCGAGAAUGUUGAGCAGGGCAUGAGCGAGAAGAUUUCGGGUCUUGAGAAGAACUUGGACACUGCGGUGAGCUGGAUCAAGGCACUCGCGAACAAUGCAGGCAUGGACUAA